GCCAACUUGGCCCAUCUACCAGAAGUUCGUUGAGAUCAUCUGUGAUGUUGACCGCAAGAAGGUGUCCUUCCACGUGGGGAACAAGAAGGACAACCUGCAGGAGGUGAAGACCUUGGAGCUGCCUUACGACGAGGAGGUGAAGCUGGCCAUCACGGGCUGGAGCGGAACGCGUGUCCGCUUAGAGCCGCCGCAGAAGUGGAUGGGAGGUGAAGAGUCGGACUCCGACUCGGACUCCAACGCCGAGGAGGAUGAGCAAUUCUCCAACACCUGCGGAAACGUGGUGCAGCCGUCCACGUGGCAUGUUGCCACGAUCUGCGUCGAUUUGGAGAAGCGGCAGGAGAUGCAGAUCAUCCUUGAUGGUGAGCACCACUUGGUUGCCAGAGAUCCGAGCCUUUUCGCGCCUGAAGGCCUCUUCAGCAUCGAUCCCACUGAAGGCGUGGUGCUCUUCGGGCGUCGCCGGGCGGGAAAGCUGGUGGAGCGGGAGUGGAGGCUUGGUGGCCACCUGCGGCAGAUGCGGAUGGAGUCGAAGUUUCUGUCGGUGGCGGAGGUGUGGGGACAGCAAUUGCCAAAGGGAGUCUGGGGCUGCCGGACGUGUGGCGCUAGAAGCCCUGCAGACGUCCGAAUCUGCUGGAGCUGCCACACAGCCCGGCAGAAGAGUGCGGCAAGGCCUCCCAACGACGCGGAUCCGCGGCACGAGGGUCUCACGGUCUUGGUGGGCGAUUCCUUCAAAGACCUCGUGCUGGAGUCUAAGGAGCACGUCUUCGUGCUCAUUUAUGCGCCCUGGUGCGAAGCCUGCCAAGAGGUCAAGCCACACUGGAGAAAGCUGGCGAAGAUGCUGAAGGGGUCAAGCAACAUCCGGAUUGCUAUGAUGGACUCCGACGAGAACGAUGUGCCCAACCGCUUCUUCCCAGAGUCCUUCAUACCGAACGUCAAGCUGUUCCUCGCGGGGAAGAAGGGCAAGCCGUUGGCAUGCAACUCUCGGGAGCGAACCUUCGAGUCCUAUGUGAAGUUCCUCGAAGAGCACACAAACGUUAGCCUCGAAUCGGCCGCGGAGGACUUCUACCCGCAAUACUGCGAGUUGCACGGUGUGCCGGCUCUUGUUGAUGAGCUUCGGCAGGCGGCCAUGAUUCAGGAACUGAAGCUUAUGCAGUGGCGGCGGCCACCAACCCAAGCCCUAGCUUCCUUCCUGUACUCUUACUUGCUGGAUCCCAAUGUCCACUCCACAGUGGCGAUAACUCCCUUGGCAGACGCCAGCCCUGAGGAUGCAAAUCAACUUGCACCCACGCCGGAGCAGUCGCCUCUGGUCAUCCAAAGGGGCUCGACUGAUCCGGAAGCAGCUGCUCGACGGCUGGAAUCGGGAUUCGGGCCGGGCGCAGCCGUUCCAGAGCCGCCCAGGCUCGCGCGUGGCAUCUCCCAACCUGGUGGUCCAGGUCCUCCGGUGCCCUCCAUGCCCAUGCCGGCGCUCUCCCGGGCG